AUAAAAAAGCUAUAAUCUUCCUCAUGUCAUUAUUUGUUAUGUCAAUAUGUCAUUGAUGACAUUACUAAUAACAACAAACUGUUUUUACAUUUAAAACUUUAAAUAAUAUAACGUGAAAGAAUACAAAAUGUUGUCAAGUAUCAUCAAAGAACACCAGGCUAAACAAGCUGCAAGAAAAGAAAUUCAAGAAAUAAAAAGAAAAGAAGCUGUUCAAGCUGCUAAUAAUUUGACUCAAGCUCUUGUUGAUCAUCUGAAUGUUGGAGUUGCUCAAGCAUACUUGAAUCAAAAAAAACUUGAUGCUGAAGCUAAACAAUUACAACAAAGUGCAACAGCAUUUGCUAAACAAACUCAUUCUUGGUUGACACUGGUGGAAUCAUUUUCAAGUGCAUUAAAAGAAAUUGGUGAUGCUGAAAAUUGGGCUAGAAGUAUUGAGGGUGAUAUGAGAACAAUUGCAACAGCUUUGGAAUAUUCAUACAAAGCUACUCAGGAUCCUUCUAGACCAACUACCAAUUAAUUAACUAUGAAACUCAUCUUAAUUUAUAUUUUUAUUUGUAUAUAAAGACAACAGACAAAUCAUG